AUGGACACUGCCGAUUGUCCUCGUACAGAAAGCGAGACCACGCCUCUGAUCCCUGAAGGUGCCUCGAAAAGGUCCAAAACGCCUCUCCCAAAAUUCCAGAUGGGCAUAAUUUUGGUACUGCAACUUGUGGAACCUAUGACAUCGAUGUCAAUAUUCCCGUACAUCAAUCAGCUCAUUAGAAAUCUUGGCAUCACUGGAGGCGAUGAUGCGGCUGUGGGAUAUUAUGCUGGAAUAAUCGAAUCUCUGUUCUUUGUCGCGCAGGCACUGAUGGUGCUGAGGUGGAGUCGGUUGUCCGACCGCAUUGGACGCAAACCAGUGUUAGCCAUUGGACUAUUAGGAACUUGCAUUUCGAUGCUGUGUUUUGGCCUCUCCACGACCUUCUGGAGCCUUGUCGUUAGCCGCUGCAUAUGCGGUGCACUGAACGGUAACAUUGGAGUCUUGAGAACUACGAUGGCUGAAUUGACGGACUCUACCAAUAUGGCUCAGGGAUCUGCCUUGUUGCAGGUCUUCUGGAGGGUUGGAACCUUUGUUGGCCCUUUAAUUGGCGGAAUGCUCGCGCGUCCACAAGAUAACUGGCCCAGAUUAUUCGCUCAUGCAUUUUGGAGCAAAUACCCAUACUUUCUGCCUUGCGCAGCGUGUGCUUGUAUCGUUGUCUCGGCCUAUGUGAUGUUGUUAUUUUUCGAAGAAACAUUAUCAACCAAACGUCGGUCAAAGUUGAUAUCAACUUCCUUCGGCGUUCCAAGCGGAGCCGACAUUGAGGAUCGUGAAAUGCUUGCGCAAAAAUCCAUGGCAGUUACGCCCAUGCGAUCUCUCCUCACGCCAACUAUUGUCAUUCCAAUUGCAAACUUCGCCUUGCUAGCUUUCCUUGACAUUUCCCUCCGGACUCUGAUGCCGUUGUUCUUCUCGAUGCCUAUGCACCUCGGUGGCCUUGGUUUUAGUCCUUCUUCCAUUGGCUCGUGGCUGGCAUUGCUUGGGAUUGCGGACUGUGUCUUACAAGCUCUGUUCUUCGCCAAGAUCGUCAAUUGGCUUGGUCCAAAGCGUCUAUUCUGCAUGGCAGUGUCGUGCUUUCCGCCAGUCAUGCUUGUGUUUCCGAUCGUGUCGUGGCUUGUACACACAAGGGGGUUUGUUGAUCAUGCAAUCACGUUUCUAUUACUUGGCCAACUUGUUCUAACACUUAUAUGGAGUAUGGCAUUUGGUGCGCGUCACAAUGAAACCGACCUGUCUUCACAAGUAACCGACUUUAUUACAGCGACUGUCUUCAUGUUUAUUACGGCUUCUGCUCCUGCAAAGAACGUUCUUGGCGCGAUCAAUGGUCUUGGCCAAACCUCUGCGUCAGUGGCUCGUGCCAUUGGGCCCGCCUUAGCGACUUCGCUCUUCGCAUUUUCAAAAGAACACAACCUUCUCAAUGGAAACGCCGUAUUUGUCGUUUUGAUUGUGUUGGCUAGUGUGUUGAGGUGGUUGGGGUCGCAGCUGCCAGAUGAACUACAAGAUAGGGAUGAAUAA